AUGCACCGCGCCUCGGUCGCCGCCGCCGCCCCACCUCCUCACCUCGCCUGGAGGGGCGGGGCCCACGGGCGCGAUGGGCGGGGCGACAGAGGGGAGGAGUCUCUGGUCCCGCCCCCUGAGGGCCAUGGGCGGGACGGGACUCUUUGGGCCAUGAAUUGGGGGCUUUUAAACAUUCUGAUUCCCUUUUGGAUGGUAAAGUCAGCUGUGAGUGCUUUCCUGGACUCUUUCACUACCAAGAUUAAGCUCCCCUGGAUCUUCAAGGUUCAAAAGGUAGACCUUCAGGACCCCCUCUGGCAUCUGAGGGCCAUGUUAGAGACGUCAGAACCCCUGGACCUGCUUUAUAUCAAUUGCAGUUCCAAAGUGAGCUGUGAGAAGGCUGACUUAGGGGAUAGUUAUAAAGUGAAGAAGAAUUCAAGAAAAUUUAAGAAGAUUGAGGGUAUCUCAGACCGACGUAGUCAGCCAAAUUUUAAUCAGAUUUUGCUGUUCCUGCUUGUUGUGACGAUCUGUGCCAUUCUAUACAAGAAAGCUUAUAAGGUAUCUACGCUCAAGAAUGAACCAGUGGCUGCAGACGAUGCAGAGGAUUCCGAGGAAAUGGAAGAAGAGAUUCCCGUGGUGGUGUGCGCAGCAGCAGGCAGGAUGGGUGCCGCCAUGGCGGCCAUCAACAGCAUCUACAGCAACACAGAUGCCAACGUCUUGUUCUACGUGGUCGGCCUGAGGAACACGCUCUCUCACAUCCGGAAAUGGAUCGAACAUUCCAAAUUAAGGGAAAUCAAGUUUAAAAUUGUGGAAUUCAACCCAAUGGUCCUCAAAGGAAAAAUCCGACCAGACACGGCACGUCCUGAGUUGCUACAACCCUUGAACUUUGUGAGGUUUUAUCUCCCUCUACUUAUCCACAAACAUGAGAAAGUCAUCUACUUGGAUGAUGAUGUCAUCGUACAAGGUGAUAUCCAAGAAUUGUAUGACACAAAGUUGAUGCUGGGUCAUGCAGCGGCUUUCUCAGAUGACUGUGAUUUACCUUCCACCCAUGAAAUGGUUAGAAGUGCAGGGAUGCAGAAUACAUACAUGGGAUUUCUGGACUACCGAAAGAAGGCGAUCAAAGACCUCGGCAUCAGCCCCGGGACCUGCUCUUUCAAUCCCGGCGUGAUUGUUGCCAAUAUGACCGAAUGGAAACACCAGCGAAUCACUAAGCAGCUAGAGAAGUGGAUGCAAAGAAAUGUGGCGGAAAACCUCUACAGCAGCUCCCUGGGUGGCGGAGUGGCCACCUCCCCCAUGCUCAUCGUGUUUUACGGGAAGCAUUCGCACAUCAAUCCUCUGUGGCACAUCAGGCACCUGGGCUGGAGUGCAGAUGCCAGAUACUCUGAGCAUUUUCUUCAGGAGGCUAAAUUACUUCACUGGAAUGGAAGGCACAAACCUUGGGACUUCCCUAGUGUUCACCCUGACCUCUGGGAAAGCUGGUUCAUUCCUGACCCUUCUGGGAAAUUCAAACUCAAUCGUGGAGGUAGUUGAUAUAUGGAUCUACCGCAUGUUCUCUCCUGCUGCAUAAACUUGCAACUUGUGGAUUUUAUGAGCACUUUUUCAACACAUUUGAAUCAUAGGAUUCACCUUCAUUUAACAAAGAAGGCUUCUGAGACUUGUACUAUGGAAUGAAGAAAUGGAUUUAUUCUUUUUUCUCCCCUGAAAGUACCCCCUUAGGGAAAAUCAAAACUGUGUAAAUAGAUGGUGGGAAAGAAAUUGGUACAUUGGAAUAUUAACAUUCAAUUGCUUAGCUUGACCUUCAAAGAAAAACAAGCAUCUUCAAAGGAUUAAUAAAAUCAGAAAACGAGAGAUUUUUAACCACGUUUAAAAUUUCACAAUAAAGAUGAGGCUUUUUUCUCCCUAACUUAUGAGUCACCACUUUA